CUCUCUCUCUCUCAGCGGCAGCAGCAGCAGCAGGAGGCGGUGGACUCGGUUCCGUGCAGCCCGGCCGGUUCAGGUUGCGCUGCAGGGGGUGGGACUUUGCUUGUGCAGAUCUGGGCUGAGCUGCAGCAGGGAAAUGCAUCAGGCAGCAGGAGCGGACCUCUGAGUUUAUUGGAAGAUACCCAGGGCCUCCUCCUCUUCCUCCUCCUCCUCCUCCUCCUCAUGCCGAUGCGCUGAUAAAGAAGAGGAGUGAACGCUGUUUCUCUACCUCCUCCUCCUCCUCCUCCUACCCCCCGGGGGGCAAAUAAACAAGAACGCCACCGGAGUCGCUGGAUGGAGAGAGGCGCCUGAAGACGGGAGAGCGGUGGAGUUUCUCUCCUCCUCCUCCUCCCCCUCCUCUCUACUGCACCAAAAGAAAAUCCCGGCUGUUUUGUUUCAGUGGCUUGCUGGGUCCAUGUUGCUGUGCUCGCACACUGCCUGCUCCUCCGUCUCGAACUGGCGACGGAUGUCAGAAGGCGUUAGGCUCUCACGGCGUUUCUCUCCUGUGUCCUCUGACACUUUAACAGCUAUUCAGAGGGAAGCGAAGCGAUAUAGAUCGACAGGUUGUGAAGGGGAGUCAGUUUAUCAAGUUUCCAGUACAACUGAUGGUUGGGUGAGACACCAUGUCCUCGGCAGAAAGUGAGGAUUUAACCGGCUACCAUUUAAGCGUGGUGCGCAACCCACCAGGCUGGGAGGUGGGCAUUUACCUGGUGGGCUUCUUUGUGCUGCUUUGUGCAGCUGGACUAAACAUCUGGAAGCUGUGGAAAUCUGGAACCUUCCCCGCCCCUUCACCCUUCCCCAAUUUUGACUACAGAUAUCUGCAAGAAAAAUAUGGAACAUCUUUCUCAGAAGUCAGACAAAAGAGAGUGGCAGCCAACAACCACCGGCGCACCUCCACCACCUCCAGUCGUAAACCCAGCCUGGCCCUGGGCGACACCCCCGAUGCAUUCAGGGAGCUGGGCCACCUGGAGCUGAUGAGCAGGGAGCUUGACCCAACAGGCAUGGCCCAGCUCAACCGCUCCAUCUCCACCGACUCGCUCAGCUCCAUUUCCUCCAUCGCAAACAACUUUGGCCAUGACUUCACGGUCGGCCAGCUAGAAGUGACCUUGGAGUUCGAUGCCUCUCGGCAGCUGCUUCAUAUCACCCUGCACCAGGGAAAAGACUUGCUGGAGAAGGAGGAAGGGGACUUCCCUGGUUGCUUCAUCAGAGUGUCGUUGGGUCCAGAGGAGUUUAACGUGGGGGUCACAAGGGUCCAGACGAACGCCUUCACCGUCAUCUUUGAUGAGCGUUUCUCCGUCCCCAUGGACCCGUCCGCCCUCGAUGAGUACAGCCUGCGCUUCGCCGCUUUCGGCAUCGAUGCAGAUGAAAGGAACAUCAGUGCAGGCCUGGCAGAUCUGAAGCUGUCAGACCUGGACCUGACCAUCAGACCAUUCAACGCCUGGCUCUACCUUCAGGACGUCAAUAAGGCUGUGGAUGCAGUGGGGGAGAUAUUGCUGUCUCUCAGCUAUUUACCAACAGCAGAGCGCCUCACUGUGGUCGUGGCAAAGUGCAAGAAUCUGAUUUGGACCAAUGAGAAGAACACAGCAGAUCCGUUUGUCAAAGUGUAUCUCCUGCAAGAUGGCAGAAAGAUCAGCAAGAAGAAAACCUCCACGAAGCGAGAUGACACGAACCCGAUCUUCAACGAAGCCAUGAUCUUCUCCGUGCCGUCCGCCGUCCUGCAGGAGCUCUCCCUCAGGGUCACAGUGGCAGAGGCCACUGACGACGGGCGGGGCGAAAACCUCGGCCAUGUGAUCAUCGGCCCUGAGGCCAGCGGGAUGGGCAUCACCCACUGGAACCAGAUGCUGGCCACUCUGAGGAAGCCCGUGUCCAUGUGGCAUCCGCUACGCAGGAUCUAGCCCCGCCCCCCCUUUCCGGCACAUGUGCACACCCUUACCUUCCCCGUGGAAAUUCCUCGUCGUGUUCUUUCGGACUCUUGUUUGGUGCCGUAUUAGGAUCUGUUAUAAUGUUAUAGUUAGAUUUUAGAUUUGUGAGCGGUUUUAUUGGUACCAUACUGAAAUUAAAACCACAUCUUGAAGAGGUGGGUAUGAGUCAGAAAAAAAAGCUACAUUUGAUUUUAUAUUAUAUGUUUCAUUUCUUUAGUUAUAGACUUCUAACCUGUGGUAUUCAGUCAGCUUUAUUAUAAACUGGAUUCUUGCUUCCUUGACUUUCGCGUUAAUUGGUUCGAAACCAAACUUUUUUUCUCUAUUAACGACAAGAGGUGACAUGUACAUGUAAACCUUUUUUUUCCCUCUCUCCCACAACUCUGGAAGAAAAGUUUCUCUUUACGGUUUAGGUCGAGGCUUUAGGUAAGAAAAUUCCCUGUACUUGCAUGGUGCCUACUCUGGUUGUAGCCUCUCUUAGCUGUGUUGAGAACGACCGACCGGGCCCAGGCCUGAUGUCGCUCCUUUUUCAGGAAAACCAAUCGUUUUUCAUUGAUUGCGCCUUAUUGGUUUAUUAUUUAUUUACAUCGUGGGUUUCGAGCUGUAUCAAAUUUGCUUGUGUGUCUUGUUAAGAGUGAGACUGAUUUUUUUUUUUUUUUUUUUUUAGUAUCUGUUGUACAUUUGAAAAAUAUCCAGGUACUUUUAUCCAGGUGAAAUAAUUGUAAUCUGUAGCAGUUGUUUCAGGGUGGCCAAAUAUUAACGUCAUGCUCUUUUUAAUGCAAUAAGCAGAUUUAACUUCGUAACUCUCUCUCCACAUUGCCAUUUUUUCUUCUAGAUUCUGUGAUUCGAAUGAAGUUUGUUCCUAGUCCAUUAAAACAUGUUAAACUCAUUCAGAAAAAUAUUACCAUAUGUCAUUACUAACCAGUUAGCUAUAAAAGAAACACCUCUGGAAAUUGAGCUUCUGAUGCAAAGUGUACUAACCUUUUAUAUGAGUUCAUUUUAUGUUAUAGAAAACACUUUGAGGUUUUAUAUUUGAUGGUUUGCUCUCGUCAGAUGCAGUUUAGCCGUCUUUGGCGACACUUGGCAGCGUAGCUAAAAUGAGAACAGUGUGACUAGAGUCUCGGAAUGUCAAGGUGGCUUUUUAUCUAUCUGAGAAAUUCUCUGGAAAAUUGCGCAAUUGUAUUGUAUUGUAACUUUCAACUGUGUAGAGAAUUAACCCUUAACGCAUAAACAGCCCCAAGCAUAACUUGUCAUUUUUUUUCCAAGUAGAACUGCAUUUUACUCCUCACUUUGCAAAUCAGUCCAAAAAUAACACACUUGUGGAAAUAUAUUUAAAAAAAAAAUACAUUUCCUCUGUGCCAAAUAAUGAAGCAAUAUUGUCAUUCAUUGUCACAGUUUGCAUUCAACAAAGCUGUAGCCUUCAUUCGGCCAUGCAUGAAGUUCCUCGGCCCUUGAUGUGAAUGUGCCUCAAGAAUACAGUGUAUAGCGUGAAUGCUGUUUCAAAUAAAAAAGCAAUUCAAUAAGAA